GGCGGACGCGAUGACGUCACCGCGCGCAGACUGUGAUGGCGGACGUAACCGAGAUAGACACCACGAAACACUUCCACGGCGGUUUCGAGAAAAUCGACAAAGAGAUGAGCCGUUUUCCGUUCUGCAUCGUCUGGACUCCCAUCCCGGUUCUGACGUGGCUCCUGCCCUUCAUUGGUCACAUGGGCAUCUGCACUUCCGCCGGCGUGAUCAGAGACUUCGCAGGACCUUAUUUCGUAUCAGAGGACAACAUGGCGUUUGGAAAACCAACCAAGUUCUGGAAGCUGGAUGGGAAUAAAGUGUACGGCGACGGAGCAAACGCCUGGGAUCUGGCCGUAAACCAGGCGUCCGAGGAGUACAAGACCAGGAUGCACAAUCUGUGUUGUGAUAACUGUCACUCUCAUGUGGCCAUGGCUCUGAACCUCAUGCACUAUGAUAACAGCUCCUCCUGGAACAUGCUCAACCUCUGCUUACUGUCCUUCAUCCACAGCAAACACGUCAGCUUCGUGGGGUUCCUGAAAACUUGGCUGCCUUUCCUGACGCUCUGUGGGGUCAUAGUCACCAUCGCCCUUGCCAUCCACCUGCGAUGACUGAGAGAUGCUGUUUACUAAUGAACAUGAACUGAAAUCAGGUGUCUCCAUACAUCUGGUGACACGAGACACACAGACUAUCAGUGCCAUGGUGAAUAAGUGAAUUACAGGGACUUUUUCCAGCACUGCAUUUGAUAUAUUUGUAAUAUAAUCAUGUCACAUAUGUGGAUGGGGCUAAACGAUUCUCCAUCAUUUUUCCUAGAACUACUUGCAUUGAAGUCAGUUUUCAUCAGUUAUUUUUAAUGUUCCAGCAAGAGUAUAUUGUUUUACAUUAAUGAGAGACUGUAAAUUUGCUUAAUUUCAGGUUCAUUCCAUAAGAUUUUUUAUGUUUACAUUUAUAUGUACAAAUAAAAAGUGUAUUCAUAA